AUGAUGAAGAAGGCACAAAUUGAGUUCAAAGCCGUAAACACACUUCAAUGUAGACUCACGAAAGAAGAACUGAACCACAUCAGCUCACACGAGAACGCAAAAGAACUAUGGGACAAACUCACCGAGUUACAUGAAGGAACGACUGAUGCUAAGGAAGGAGAGAUGGCUAACCAACUACACGCGAGGAUCAAGGACAUCCUCAAUGAACUCCACAUGAUUGGCCACCAGAUGGAAAAUCGAGACGUCAUCAGAUCUAAAACUCACCCGAUACUUUUUCCCUUCCCUCAUUUCUUUCCCCUCUCUCUCCCCCGUUCCCCCUUCCCAAGCUGCGGUUUCCACGUUUCGGCCACAUCUCCGACCGACGACGGCGUGAUCUGCGACGAUCGCUUGAUCUCCGGGAAUCCUGUGGCGAAUUGGAAAGGGAAGAACUUCAAAGCGAUGCAUUGGAGUCAUCAAAGUGUCAGGCAAAGGAGAUUUGAUGGGGAUCAAAGAUUUUUGUGGCACACGAAGAUGACUAUAUGUAUUCUUAGUGUUCUUGGAUGGCUGAUGGACUUUUAAAACAUUCGGUUGUUGAACUUUGUAUCAUAUUUUCUAGUAGCUUGGAUGGAUGAUGGAUCUUGUAAACUUUGUAUCAUAUUUUCUAGUUAGCUUGGAUGGAUCUUGUAAA